UGCCCCGCCUCACUGACUCCUCCCAUUCCAGCUCGCCGAAUACAAAGCCGCAACCCCCACAGAGCAAGCUGCUCCACCAAUCGCAGCUCCGCUGCCCUCCACCUCCUCCUCCAUGGACGAACCACCGGUCCAUCCACCCCUCCUCCCCCACGCCCUCACCACCGGCGAGUAGCACCUCCCUGUCCUUCCCUUGGUGGAUUCAGAGUUUUCAGACUCGCAGAGCAGUUCUGAUCGAUCCCCCUUUCCUUCCGCCCACCAAGCAGCUUCUUUUUACUGAAUAUAUCCGAUUCUUUGGGUUUCUCCCUCAUGUCCGCGGCGGCGGCCGGGCAAGAGGUGGCGCCGGCCAUCGUGGUCGCGGCCGAGGUGGAGGAGUGGGAGGUGUGCGCGUGCUGCGGGCUUAGGGAGGAGUGCACGUCGGCGUACGCGGCCGGGGUGCGCGCGCGGUACGGUGGGCGCUGGCUGUGCGGGCUCUGCGGCGACACCGUGAGCGAGGAGGUCGCUGCGGGAGGUGGGUCGGAGCUGGAAGUCGAGGCGGCGAUCGCGAGGCACGCCGCCUUCUGCGGGGCGCUUGACGGGCGCCGGACGCCGGCCGCGGCCGAGCGGCUCAUCGCGGCGGUGCGGCGGCUGCUCCGCAACGCGGGCGCCAAGGAGGAGAAGGCCGUCGUGGUGGUGGAGUUCCAGGAGGCCUCAUGACCGCCUGCCUCAGACGGAUCGAAGAUUUGUUCUUGCAGGCGGAGCUAGCUAGCUAGCAAUAGCGCUGGUCUUUUUUCCUCUCUUUUUUUCCUUUUCCACGUGUUUGGUAAUUUACAUUUUAGUUCUGAAUAUUUGCAUGCUUAAUUCGCAAAAAAAUGCUGCAAUCUUUCCAGCUCUUGCAAAAGUCCGAGGAGGUGUGGAAGAUCAGAAAUUUUGGAAAGAGAAGGGCUGUGGGAAUUGCAUACAUAAAAAAGCUACGAGAUGGGAGAAUUCCAUCUUACUGAUUA